UACCUACUAUGUUUUUCUUUAAAAAAAUCUCUUUUCAUACAAUACAAUGCAUUUAAUCAAUGCAUACCAUCUUAGAAAAAAAAAUAUGAAAAUUAUUACAAAUCCCUCUCAAACCUUGGAUGUGAACUAAUGAUCUCAGCAUUCUCAAAUAAUCUUUUGGGCAUAUUGAUGCAUGAAUUGAAUGAAUGGUGUCCUCCACUCUUGUCCCAUUGCCAUAGAUAAAGCCUGAAGCUUCCAAGUCUGCCUCUUCUCCCACCCAGAACAAAUGCACAAAGCAUGUUCUCCUCUUUCCAGUUCCAUCGAUCGACGUUACAAUUCCUUGUCCUUCUAUUGAUUGAGAAAAGAUGGAAUUGAGAUAUUGAAGGAGUGAAAGCUCAGAAUUUAGUACCUGUGAGUUCUGCUAUUGGCAAUGGCAUUGGCUGCCCCCUAUCUGCUUGCCCUAUUCCUUGCCGUCGCUGGGCUCGCCACCCCCGCUGCCGCCACCUCUGCUUCACAGGUGGGUCUUAACUAUGGCCGCGUCGCCGACAAUAUCCCUCCUCCCGAGGCCGUCCCCGCCAUUGUCGCUUCCAUAGGCGUCGGCCGCGUCCGCAUCUACGACGCGGAUUCCCGCGUCCUCCACGCCUUCGCUAACACCGGGAUCGAGGUCGUCGUCGGCCUCCCCGACCAAUGCCUCGCCUCGAUGGCGGCCGAUCCAAACGAGGCCCUUGCGUGGGUGCGGGCAAACAUCCAGGCCUACCUCCCGGCCACCAAGAUCGCCGCCGUGAUUGUUGGCAACGAGGUUCUCACCAACGCCAAUGACACCGGCUACGCAUUGGCCCGCUGCCUCGUCCCUGCCAUGGAGAACAUCCACUCGGCCCUUGCGUCCCUUGGCCUCGAUGGCACCGUCGCCGUCACCACCUCCCACUCCCUCGCAGUCCUCGCCGUUCCCUCUUAUCCGCCUUCCGCCACCGUGUUUCGGCGCGAACUCCUCCCCUUCAUCUGCCCGCUCAUCGAGUUCCACGCUCGCACCGGCUCCCCGUUCUUCGUCAACGCCUACCCGUACUUCGCCUACGAGCAGGAGAGCUCCCAAGUGGCGCUAGGGUACGCCCGCCUCGAUCCAGGCGCCGCCAGCGUCACCGAUCCCGGAUCUGGCCUUUGCUACACCAACCUACUUUACGCCCAAAUCGACGCCGUGUACCACGCGAUCGCAGCGGCCGGGGCCGACGGUGCGAAGCGAGUGAUGGUGUGGGUUUCAGAAACAGGCUGGCCGUCCGCGGGCGAUCCCAAUGAGAUUGGGGCAACGCCGGAGAACGCAGGCAAGUACAACUCUAACCUGAUGAAGCUGGUGGCGGCGAACAAGGGAACGCCGCUGAUGCCUGGGACGCCGCUCCGGGCCUACAUCUUCGCGCUCUUCAACGAGGACCAGAAGCCAGGGCCGACCUCGGAGCGGAACUACGGUCUGUUCAAAGCCGACGGCACCCCCGCCUACCAUCUCGACAUCACGGUGCCGCCGCAGAACGACACCUCCUCCGGCGGAGGUCCCGGCGAUGGCUCGACAUCGGCGCCCGACGGCGGAUCUUCUGGAUACUUCAGCAUCUCCUCCGCAGCGGAGAUGCGAUCGCAUUGGCAACGAAACUUGAAGGUUUUCACAUUGGCAACCCUCGCAGUCGUCGUCUUCAAUUAGCGAUCGAAGAGUAUCAAUUCUUCCAGAUGAUUUUCUAAUUGGGCUGUUGGAAUUUGAUCGUUAUUGCCUCGGUAAGUUUUUAAGGAGGCCAAUAAUACUCUCUACUGUGGAGCUUUUUUUCCCCCUUUUUUUUUUCUUCUUUCAGUUUAGGAGCAUUUUUCUCAAAUGCCUGAAGCUGAAAGUUGUCAUUGCUUAAUCCCGUUUCAAUCUUAGAGACAAUCUCCAAUCACAUUCCAUUUGGCCUUCGUAGUUACAAAAAAAGGGAAUGUCAGACAAAAAACUGCAUCCUGAUACAUUUCGCGAUAAAUUGAUGGAUAGAAACCCCCUAAAUAACCAAGGACAAUCCCAAACCGAACUUCUCCCAACCCACAGCUACACUUUAAUAUUAUGUUGAUCGCUGCCCUCCGCGAGCAAGAACGAUUCAUGUAAGAACGACAAUUGCGUCCAUGCUAUAUAGUGUUCCUUGAUAUUCUUCUUCUAUGCUCGUUUUCUAGGUGUUUAGUUUUCUUGGGGAACUAGUGCUAAAAAAUACAGUUUGAGAAAUCUAACAAAGAUUUAAACCAUCAAAAGCAAAUAAGAUAUACUUGUUACUCAUAUUAAAAACUUACCAUACCUAUGAAAUAAAGGCAAGUUCGCAAACUAUGAUUACAUAAUGUUAGAAAAAUGUGAAUAGAAAAAAAGCGUAGAAUAAAGUAGAUUUUAUUAAGCAUGAAUUUU